CAAGUGCUAUGCGUCAUCCGCCAUAACGUACGUGAAUUGUGAAAGUGUGCUUUGUUUAGAAUAUUGUUAAAUCCUGUGUCGUGUAAGUUAUUAAUAAAAGUUACAGUGUUAUUAAAGUGUAAAGUGUUAUCUAUGUGUUAUUAAUCAUGACCGAGUGGUACAGAAUGAAUACGGGAUUGAACAAACACAAUUCUACGGAAUUGUCGGAAGAAAUGUCAGAUUCAUUGGUCAAUACGUUUUCGGAAAAUUUAAGUCCUAUCCCGCCAGUGUUUCCAAGGAAGCUGGAUUUUAGUUAUCCUGACGAUGAGGAGAAAAUGGGUUCUCCAGCACCAUCAUCGAUGAGUCCCCCAUACAGAAAAGUUCGAGCUUUGAGGUUAUUCGACAGUCCCCGGACACCGAAGACACUUCUGGAAAAAUGCUCGACACCGUCGCACAACACUUCGAGGUCGCGACUGUUUCCUCCCAAACUCAAUCCUCCUACAGGCAUUACCACAGGCUCCAGUCACCACCUACAUCCGCCAGACGAAGACAGUGCCCUCGGCAGCAUGCACGAAGACACUAAACCAGUGGCCAAUAUCAACCCGUUCACUCCUGAUGGUCAAGCUUUGAAUAAGAAGAAGCGGGCUCUAUCUAAAACACCAACGUCGAUGGGAGAUGCCACGCCGGAACAGCCUGCUAAGAGAUUGAGGGAGUCCAACAUAUCCCGAUACAACGUAGAAUUCAUCGAACUCGACGUCAUCGGUCGCGGCGAAUUCGGCCGAGUGACCCGUUGCGUCAACAAACUGGACGGAUGCGUAUACGCGCUCAAGCGGUCUCUGAGACCUGUGGCCGGCUCCGCUCAAGAACGGGCGGCGCUGACUGAAGUGUACGCACAUGCUGUGUUAGGAAAACAUCCGAGAGUCGUCAGAUACUACUCAGCGUGGGCAGAAGACGACCACAUGAUCAUUCAAAAUGAAUACUGCUCGGGUGGCAGCCUUCAACAGAUGAUGGAGAAGGGACCGCUGCCAGAGAGCGAACUGUUACUAUUGCUGGCCCAUGUGGCUGAUGGACUAGCUUACAUCCACUCGUUACAACUUGUCCACAUGGACGUCAAACCCGGAAACAUCUUCGUGUGCAGUCGAGAAGGCGAACCAGCUGCCGACUCUGAUGAUGAUGAUUAUCACACCAACACGCAUAUAUACAAGAUCGGCGACCUGGGCCACGUGACCUGCGUGUCGUCCCCGCGAGUGGAAGAGGGCGACUGUCGCUAUCUCACUCGCGAGAUCAUACAGGAGGACCUCACACACCUCACCAAGUCGGACAUAUUCGCAUUUGGCCUAACGCUGUUCGAAGCAGCGGGCGGCGGCCCCUUGCCCAAGAACGGCCCCGCCUGGCACGCGCUGCGCGACGGCAAGCUGCCCGAGCUGCCCGCGCUCUCCCGGGAGUUCCACCAGCUCAUACAGAAAAUGAUCGACCCAGACCCGAACCAACGACCCUCGGCCAGCCGCCUGCGCAAACACCCACUACUCCAGCCAGCUGGGAAUAAAAGCAAGACGCAACUGACCAGGGAACUAGCCGCGGCCAAGCUGAAGAAUGAGCUGCUUACUAAGAAAUUAGACGAAUAUGCCAGGUACUUCAAAUCCCUAACCCCGGUCGCUUGACCGACUCAGCUAAAUUCCGGACUCGCUCCGCCACGCGCAUACAAAAACCGAGGGAGCUCCUAGACUCCAUACAAAACAUCAGCUCGCCCAUACACCGCCUGGACAGGAGAGCAGACAGGCGGAAAAAGGUAUAGACAUGUGGAAUAUACUAGAAAUAUCAUAGUGGUUGGAAAUAUAAGUUAUGUAUCUAGGAUUGGAAGUGAAGAGAUUUAAACUUACUACUAUAGUAUGAAUUUUUUUAAUAUGGUUUUUUUGGUUUUUGCCGUAAUCUGUUUAACAAAAGCCUU